AUGCAUGGUCAAUCUAAUUCUGUCUGGGGUAGUCAGAGCCCAAAGGGUACCCAUACGGAGAGAUCUUCAGACAUUGGUGGUUGGAAUGAAGACAGAGGACAAGAUGAGUUGAAUCAACCAAUAAGAUCUCCUGUUUGGAGUUCUUUCCCUAUUGAGAAGUCUUCAGAUGAUAGCAGUUGGAAAGAACAUAGAGUACCCGAUUGGUCAAAUCGACUGACCAGAGCUCCUGAAUGGGGUUCUUUGAGUGCAGGUGACCGAAGAAACCAGAGAAGUCGUUCUACACAGUCACCUGCACCUGUGGGGCCUGAUGGUCGGAAUGUUAAUGGGAUUCUCACUACCACUGGAAGAUGCUUGGAUUUAUUCACAUGUGAGGAAGAGAAAAUUCUUAAUGAUGUUGAACCAAUUUUGCUGUCGACAAAACGAAUUCUGCAUAAUUCUAGCUACAAUGAUGGUGAUCAGCUAUCGGAUGAAGAUCAGUCUUGGGUACUCGAUAAUGUUUUUCAGCACCAUCCUAACAAAGCGACAAAAAUGGGUGAAAAGAUUGACUAUGUCACGGUUGCGGAUUUCUCUUACCUUAAAUGCCUGGAGAACUAUGUCAAGGAGAAGUACCCUGAUGGUGCUGAAGCCUUCAACCAAAAGUAUUUCAAAAAGCGCCGCUCAGAGGGCAUGAACCAGCAGCAAAUGGGCAUGAACCAGCAACAAACACAGUAG